GACCGGAUGAGCCUCAGGGACACAUACAGUAGGCACACUGGGAGAGAGAUUAUGUGCGUGUAAGACAUAUUGUUUUGCCUUCUUGUGCUGCCAGCAGAUUUCAAGAACUACACCUUUACCUGUCCACCAGGAAGCACAAGCUCUAAGGAUUCAGUUGAUUCUUUGUUCUGCUGUAGUGUGAAAACCCCAGAUUCUCUUCCCAACAAUAAGCCUCUCCACUGAGCUGGUGGAUGGAUUGUCUGGACAGGUUCAGGUCUCUUGGUCCAUUAAAAUUCGGAGCCAUGGAGGCACAGCUUCGGGAUCUGAGGUUACAGCUGGAAAGGCAAUGCAUGCAGAACAAACAUCUUGAGAUCCAGAAUCAGGAGUUGGAGAAACGACUUCAAGAAAAGGAAAAACAUGUUAAGGACUUACAGACCCGUUUUGAUGAGCUGGCCAUAGAUCAUCAGCAAGGGCGAGCCAGCGUGGACAAUGAGCCACAGGUGCCGAAGAGCCGCACAGCAGCCAUCGCUCCUGAACCACUUCCAGAGGACUGGGAGCCAACCGAGCACAAAAACCAUAAAACAAUCAGUGAAACCAGCCAGAUUAUAAAGGCCAUCCACCAAAAUGACUUCCUGCACCGCCUGAAUGAUGAUCAGAUCGUGAUGAUGCUGGACUGUCUGUUGCCUGCUGAACGAAGCCGGGGAGAAGUUGUUAUCGUAGAGGGUUGUGAGGGGAAUACCAUGUACAUUGUUGCAGCUGGCGAACUGGAAGUGACCCAGGCAGGCCGGCACUUGAGGACACUGACCUCUGGAGAUGUCUUUGGAGAGCUGGCCAUCCUGUACAACUGCAAACGCACAGCUACAGUCAGAGCUAUCACAGACAUCCGACUGUGGUGUAUUGACAGGCAGACAUAUCGAAUGAUUAUGACCAACAAGUCAAAACGGAAAAGGGAGCAAAUUAUGGGUUUUUUAAAGAUAGCCCGAACUCUGAAGGACCUAAGUGAUGCACAGCUCUCAAAAAUAAUUGAUUCCAUGGAAGAGUGUAAAUUCCAAAAUAAUGAGGUUAUUGUCCGAGAAGGAACAGAGGGCAAUACAUUUUAUAUCAUUCUGAAAGGAGAGGUGCAAGUGACAAAAAUGGUGAAUGGGCAACAGAAGGAGAUCCGGAUAAUGGGAAAAGGGGAGCACUUUGGGGAACUAGCUUUAAUACGUGAAAUUUGCAGAACUGCAACAUGCACUGCAGUGGGACCUGUCACAUGUAUUUCCAUCGAUAAAGAGGUUUUUGAAGAAACUAUACCAAUUAAGAAUAUAGAACUGCCUGAUGACUGUGAAGUUUUUGAAAACAUAAUGUUGCCAGAGAGAAAGAGGCUAGGUGCAACAUUGCAGCUGCAGGAUCUUAUUCCAGUGUUGUACCAAGAAGGCCGGUUCCACGGAGAGCCUGUCACACUUGGAGUGGGAGGAUUUGGGCGAGUUGAGUUGGUGACAAGUCUUGAGCUUUCCAAGUUUUUUGCCCUGAAACGUGUCAGCAAAAAUCAUAUUGUUGCUAAGCAACAGCAGGAACAUGUCAAAAUGGAAAGGCGCAUCCUUCAGGACAUACAAUGCAAUUUUAUUGUCAGGUUCUAUGCUGCAUUUAAGGACACAAGAAACAUCUAUUUGGUUUUAGAAUUUUGCUCUGGUGGGGAACUAUGGACCAAACUGAGAGAAAAAGGUCGUUUUGAGGAACCUGUAGCAAUUUUCUGCACAGCUUGUGUAGUCGAGGCUUUUGCCUAUCUCCGUGUGAAAGGAAUUGUUUACCGGGAUCUUAAGCCUGAGAACCUAAUGCUGGACAUGAUGGGAUAUGUGAAACUGGUAGACUUUGGAUUUGCAAAGGAACUAUCUCGAGGAGAGAAGACAUAUUCAUUCUGUGGCACUCCUGAGUACUUGGCGCCAGAAAUCAUAAAGAAUGAAGGCCACGACAUUGCUGCUGACCUCUGGUCCUUGGGAGUCUUGGUGUUUGAGCUGUUGGCAGGCAGCCCCCCCUUCACAAGCUCAGACCCUCAGAGAAUAUACAGCAAGAUUCUUGAUGGGAUCCUUAAAUUCCCCCAUCACAUGGGAGAAGGAGCCAGAUCUCUUAUCAGUAAGCUCUGCAGGCUACGACCAGGCCAACGGUUGGGAAACAAUAAAAAUGGAAUAAAGGAUAUUCGGAACCACAGGUGGUUUAAUAACCUCAACUGGCAGAAGCUGCGGGCUUGUCAACUGGAUGCUCCCACUAUGUGCCUCAUACGAAAGGGUCCUUUAUAUGUGAACUUUGACAGGAUCCCUCCAGAUAAUACACAGGCAGAAGAGGAAUUCUCUGGCUGGGAUGAUGAUUUCUGAAUUUCUGAGAUGUCUUUGCUUGUCUGUGACUGGCUAUUAUCUUUGCAUUUGCUGAGACACAAUGGGACUGUCCAGGUCCAUUUAAUCCUCAGAGAUUACAACAACAAAGGAAUCUCCUCUAUUGUUAUUUUAAGCAUUUAGGCCAGUAGAAGUGAUGUCUGGUCUACGCACUUAACUUAUUGUGUGGGUCUCAGGACACAAAUAUUCAAUCAAUGAACAGGAUUCAAAUCUUGUUGGUUCCUUCUCUUACUCCAGAACAGCACUGAAGAGAUGAUCUGUAAGGGUCACCUUUGCCUCUUUGUUGAACACUGUGUAAGUACUGCCUCUUGUGCUAGAAGAGAAAGCCUUUAGCAUGUAAAUAAUGAACAGCAAAAAAUGCUGAAGGCUGAAAUACAGACACCCUUCCUUUGUGGAGUGAGAACUAUUCUAUUGAACUAUUAUACAGAAACUAGCACAAAAACCAAAAGAGACCUCUAGUGUAUGGAUGCCAUCAAUGUCAUGUGCUAAAUUAAAAAGAAAUAUAUAUAUAGGGAGGUUGUGUGAUCAGCCCAAGGUUAUCUAAGGACACAAAACCCAGACGGGCUUUUCGACUGAUAAAUGCACUAAUCCUCAGAGUUCAGUUCUAGUUCAUAUAUACUUGCCCUAGAAAUGCCACAGUUUCUCAAGUAGGGAAGUUGAUAAAGACAUUGAGGUACAGAUGAAAUUACAUAACAUGUUAUAUGUACUACUGACCUUCUUUGGUUUAUUAAACUAUUAUAGCCAUCAGGGUCCCACUAUAGUAGAAAUUACUACAUACUGCCUACACUCAGUUACUGUACAGUAUGUACUUAUUUUGUCUAAGAGCUUUCAAGAAUUCCUUCAUGAUUUAUAACUUUCAUUAUAAUGUUGGAAGGCCUUAAAAUAGCUCUUGCAUUUUUGUUUGACAUUAGCAUUAGAUCUAAGAUAAAAGAAAAGGUAACAACUUUUAUCAACGGAUUUACAAGUGUUUUCUCAUUUCUACCUAAUUUAAAAAAGACAGAUUAUAAUAUAAUAAUAAAGCUUUUUCCCAAUGUACCAGAGAUGUUUUGUACAAGAAAUGUGUUAGUUGAGCUCCAGGAGUAAAUUCACCAAUGCAAAAGCUUGUGUCAGGAAUAAAACAACACCAACACCAAUUUUAUUACAAAUGUCUUUAUUUAUUCAAAUGUUACAUCUUCUUCUGGAAAUUCAAAGGCAGUUUGGCAUGCUCAAUUGAUUUCCACCUUUAGGGUGCAAAAUGCUAAGAAACUUCCGAAUUGUAAAUACAAUAAAAAAGAACGGUAAUUCAUAGUUCAAUCAAUUUAGACAACUGGAUUUCCUGUUCCCGGGAGAUUCAAUUCUCUGUUUUUCAUACAUUAACUAUUGAAAUCAGAAUAUCAGAAAGGCCACACAUGAAAGGAGGCCCUUUGGCUCAUCGAGACUAUGUGGUUACAAUUUAACUCCCUCAGUUAGUCCUGGAUAUAGUAUGAAAAACAACCACCUAGCUCCCAAGUAUGAAAUCAAUGCAUUUACAGUAUGAAAUACAGUAUGGGGUUUUAUGAAAGCUAACUAAUGGAUACAAUAGUUUUUCAUUAAAGAAUAUAAAAUGACACACAGUGCCUUGCCUUUCGACAUGUGAAACAAAAUACUGAAACUAUUCAAACUGUAGUUUUAAAGGACUGGUAUUGUUUUCCAUGAGAAACAUUGGAAGAAACUGAACAUGUCUUAUGGACUACAUGAUUCUAAACUGCUAAUGAAUGCUGUUAAAGCCACAGGAGAAGAAUAAAUGUACAAUAUCUUUUAUAUGCAUAGGAUUGGAUCUAUUUUGAAUGACCUGGCAAAUAGAAAUAUAUUAUUUCAUGCAUGUCAGUUGUCCAGCUGACAGGCCCUAUAAAUGGUCUGUAAAUUUCUACAGUAUUCAAUAAUUUUAUAUUGAACUUAUAAAAUUUGUAUCCCUCACUUGCAAUACUAUGCACAUUAAAAGCUGCAUAGUAGUACUUGUGUAUGGUGAUCAAAAUAAAUGGAAAAACAAAACAGUAAACUUUUU